AUGCCUGGAGAGAAGAUUCUUCUGGCGGGUGGGGCCAUAAAGAGCUGGAAACUACUCUUUGGGCUGAGAAUAUUUGCAUUCAUGGCAACUUUAGUUGCAGCCAUUGUAAUGUCACUCAACAGAGAGACAAAGACCUUUGUUGUGGCCACCAUUGGUACUAUUCCUAUCAAAGCCACUUUAACCGCUAAGUUUCAGCACACACCGGCUUUCGUGUUCUUUGUUAUAGCUAAUGUAAUGGUGAGCUUCCACAACUUGUUGAUGAUUGCUCUUCAGAUAUUCGGCCGGAAACUGGAAAACAAAGGCUUCCGUCUCCUAUCCGUCGCCAUUUUGGACAUGCUAAACGCAACUCUGAUAUCUGCGGCUGCAAAUGCGGCAGCGUUCAUGGCCGAGUUGGGGAAGAACGGGAACAAGCAUGCCAAGUGGAACAAAAUCUGCGACAGGUUCGCCAUUUACUGCGAUCACGGCGCCGGAGCACUCAUAGCCGCUUUCGCCGGAGUCAUUCUUAUGCUACUCAUCUCCGCCGUCUCCAUUUCCCGCAUCUUACUCAAUUCUAAAUAA